UCGUUGGAGUUAAAAGCAAGAGAGGCCAUAAAUGAAGGCAGACGUAAGGGUAAAUUCUCUGAACCGAAAGGAACAGAAUUAGACAACAAAGACGAAGGAGAAGAAGAAGAGGAAAUUCUUGGGCUUUGGGAAAUUUUGUGCAACCAUACGCUUGCACAUUUGUAGAAAAAGAAAGCAGAAAGGACAAAACUUAAGACAGAGACACACAGAGAGGAGAAGAAGAUUGUUUGAGAUGCAAACAGAAGCAAGAAUGGGUGUCGUGGUAGAAGGAGGACAGAGGGGACUGAACUCCGGCCAUGGAGGAGUCUCUGUGGAUAACGCAGCGCGUAAGUUGGCGCAGCAGCAACAAGGGCAGAUCGGGACAGUACCCCAGCUUUUGGCAGGAGGGGUUGCCGGUGCUCUAAGCAAGACCUGCACGGCUCCUUUGGCUCGUCUUACAAUACUUUUUCAGGUGCAAGGUAUGCAUUCUAAUACUACAAUUUUGAGAAAGGCCAGCAUAUGGCAUGAGGCUUCACGUGUCAUAAGGGAAGAAGGAUUUAGGGCUUUCUGGAAAGGAAAUCUGGUUACAAUUGCUCACCGGCUACCAUAUUCAUCUGUCAACUUCUAUUCAUAUGAAUGCUACAAAAAGUUCCUACAUAUGAUCCUGGGACUGGAUAUUCAUAGGGAAAAUAUGAGUGCAGACCUGGGCGUACAUUUUGUAGCUGGUGGGUUGGCUGGAAUAACAGCUGCAUCUGCUACAUAUCCAUUGGAUCUUGUAAGGACACGCCUUGCAGCUCAGACAAAUGUCAUGUACUAUCGUGGUAUUGGACAUGCUUUACAAACUAUCAUCAGAGAGGAGGGUGUUUUGGGUCUUUAUAAGGGACUUGGAGCAACACUUUUAGGUGUUGGGCCCAGCAUUGCGAUUAGCUUUUCAGUGUAUGAGAGCUUGAGAUCUUUUUGGAAAUCACAGAGGCCUCAGGAUUCUACUAUAAUGGUCAGUCUGGCUUGUGGCAGUCUUUCAGGCAUUGCAUCAUCAACAGCAACAUUUCCCCUGGAUCUGAUAAGGAGACGGAAACAAUUGGAAGGGGCAGGUGGUCGAGCCCAUGUUUACACAACAGGGCUUCUUGGCAUAUUUAGGCAUGUAAUCCAGACUGAAGGUUUCCGGGGUUUGUACAGGGGGAUCCUGCCUGAAUACUACAAAGUGGUGCCUGGUGUUGGUAUAUGUUUCAUGUCUUAUGAGACUCUGAAGAUGCUUUUAGCAGAUGUUACUCCUAGAUUAUAGUUCUCACCCGUACCUUCAGCAUUUGUUUGCAACUGAAGUGAUGAGAAUUUUGAAUUGUAAGACUAGCAUGUUAGAGGUUAAAUUUGUGAUUUACUGAUGUGAGAAUUAUGUUCUUUUCCGUAUAUAGAUAGGGACCAAAAUCACAUUUUGUAUUCACUAAUCCAAGUUGUCUAUAAAAUUCAUCGUGACAUUUAGUUCGUAGGUGAUUCCUUUCAA